AUGGCAUCUCCAUCUCCCAGUCGCACCCCGUCGAGAGCACGACGACGUGCACAUACUCCGACGAGAGGGAAGCACGAUGUCACAGGUACCGUGGGCCAGGCCUCCUGGGCCUCCAGUGUCAUCAACCUCCUCAACACCAUCGUCGGCGCCGGUGUCCUCGCCAUGCCGCUGGCCAUGUCGCACAUGGGAAUCGUGCUGGGAAUAAUAGUAAUACUGUGGGCUGGUCUCACGGCCGCCUUCGGCCUCUAUCUACAAACCCGUUGCGCCGCCUACCUCGAGCGCGGCUCCUCAUCCUUCUUCGCCCUCAGCCAAAUCACCUACCCGAACGCCGCCAUCAUCUUCGAUGCCGCGAUUGCAAUCAAAUGCUUCGGCGUCGGCAUCUCCUACCUCAUCAUUAUUGGCGAUCUCAUGCCCGGUGUCGUACUGGGCUUCACUGGCGAAGAAGGUCUAGCACGCUUCCUGCUCGACCGGCACUUUUGGGUCACAGCUUUCAUGCUGGUGUGCAUCCCUCUGUCAUACCUCCGGCGCCUCGACUCUCUCAAAUACACCUCCGUUGUUGCUCUGAUCUCCAUCUCCUACCUCGUUGUCCUAGUCGUCUACCACUUCUGCGCCCAGGACACCCUUCCCGACAACCAAUAUCCCACCCCGCUCCGCAUCUUCACAUGGGCUUCCCCAGUCGCUGCGCUAUCCUCGCUCCCCGUUAUCGUCUUCGCUUACACAUGCCACCAGAACAUGUUCUCUGUCCUCAACGAAAUCUCUGACAACAGCCACUUCCGCACCACCUCGGUAGUCUCGGUGUCGAUCGGCACCGCCGCUGCCAUCUACCUCCUCGUAGCCAUAACGGGCUACCUCAGUUUCGGCAACGAAGUCGGCGGCAACAUCGUCGCCCAAUACGCACCCUCAGUCAGCGCCACCAUCGGCCGCGCCGCCAUCGUCGUGCUCGUCAUGUUCUCCUACCCUCUCCAAGUGCACCCCUGCCGCGCCAGCGUUGAUGCCGUUCUCAAAUGGCGGCCCUCCCCCUCCCUCAAGCACAAGCUCAGCCGCUCCAGCACGCCCUCCAGCAACUCGCUCACCGUCCCCGACGGCUCCCCGCCGCGCGACACCCCGCUCCUCCCCACAGGCAAGAAACGCAACUCCGAGAUCUCCGAGACGCGCUUCGCCAUCAUCACGACCGUCAUCAUCAUCCUCAGCUACAUCGUCGCCAUGACCGUCGACAGCCUCGAAGCCGUGCUCGCCUACGUCGGCAGCACCGGCAGCACCUCCAUCUCCUUCAUCCUCCCGGGCCUCUUCUACUACAAGAUCUCCAGCCCGGACAACCCACUCCACCAGAAACUCUGCAAGGAGGAAGACGACUACGACGUCGACUUCGACCCCGCCACCGAAGACGACGAGGGGCGCCGUCAUCGUAGCAGCAGCGACGAUGCGGUCGACCGGCAGCACCACGAAGAAGGCCAGGGUCUGCUAAGUUCUAGCGGCUUCCUCGCCAACAGCGGCUUCCUGAGUCUCGGCGGCCGCAGCUUGUUGCGCCGCACCCGCCACGUGCGCAGGAAGAUGCUGCGCAAGUUGGCCCUUGCGCUGAGUAUCUACGGUUUGGUCGUUAUGGUCACGUGUCUGGCGAUGAAUACGUUCUUUAUCGCGAGGCAUUGA